AUGCUUCCACUCGCACUCUUACAUACAGCAGCUGGUCACCCCAUGCUUGUAGAACUAAAAAGUGGUGAGACCUUUAACGGCCACUUGGUUAACUGUGAUAAUUGGAUGAAUUUGACUUUACGUGAAGUGAUUCAAACAUCACCAGAUGGUGACAAAUUUUGGAGAUUACCUGAAUGCUAUAUUAGAGGCAAUACUAUAAAAUAUUUAAACGUUCCAGAAGAGAUUGUUGAUAUGGUAAAAGAAGAAGAGAGCAAACAAAGACAAAUGGCCAAUAGAGGUGGACGUGGUGGUAGUGGAAGAGGACAUUAUAAUAAUAGAGGUGGUAAUCGUGGACGUGGACAAAAUCGUGGUGGCAGUGCUAACAGUGGACGUGUGCAACAACAAUAAAACUAGCAGUAGUGGUAAUAUUGUCAUUGGUGCUCGGGGUGGAAAUCAACAUUAAUCAAAUUAAAUUACAACAUUUGUAUAUCCUGUCAAAAUAAAAGUAAUCAUAAUGAAAAAAAAAAAUACAAUAAUGAACAUGUCAUACAUUUACACAUGCACAUUGACUACAAAAAAAA